AACUUACCACUCGAGCUCUUUGACAAUAUCGCUGUGCACGCCGAUCUCCCUACCCUCCGCAACUUCUCCCUCACUCACACAAGAUUCCGUGAAUCGAGCCAACGCGCUUGCCUUCGAACGAUAACUGUUGCAUAUGAUGAGGACAACCAUCCAAGGAAACGCACUGCUGAACAGAUUCUACAACACUUCCAGUCCAGUGGGGGUAGACUUGCAUCAUUCAUAACGCGGCUUAAUAUCCACGUCGGAAAUCCGACUUCAAGUUGGCAUCUUUCGAAUCCGCAAGCGGUCCAUGCCACGGUGAAGCAGAUUUUGGGCCUCUUCUCGUCUGUCCAUUCAGUGACUUUGUCUGGAACCCACCUUAUGCUGGGGCAUCCAGAGAAUAGUGCACUCGAGCGCCUUCUGCUUGUCCAGUCUUUUCUCAACAGCCAGAAGGGCAGUCUGGUCCGCAUAACGGCGCGAUACCUCGAAGCUGCACCACUCUCCGUCAUUCGGACCCUUCUCUCCGGUUCCCCACGCGUCUGUCUCUCAUAUUCAUUCACAAGACUCACGCGCGACAUCCUCCGUGAGCUUGAACAAGAAAAGACUGCGGAAACACCUGCGUUAGAGGAGUUGGAGGUUCACAAGUCCAUCAUAGCAUGCCAGCUGCUCUGCCUACCGGAAUUUGUCUCCCAUAUACGCGCCGUUCGCCGACUGUCUUUGGCACUCAGAACGGAGGACGACAUUGCUUUGACCUCGAUGACCGCCCCCACUCUUGAACACUUGACUCUCAAUCUUGUUGACACCGAUAUAAAUGCUCGUUUUCCCUCCUCUUUCCCUCGCCUUCGGGAGGUGCGGCUGUCCAUGAUGCUCAACCAAGCGGCGUGUGUCCACUUCACCCAAUCUACGUCCUCCCUGCUCCCCACCGUUCUUUCCCCCGCUACCUGCCCGGUCCUGGAAACGCUCGUCAUUGAGCUGCGAUGGCAUCUGUUCAUAAAUACUCAAGACCUGAUGUUACUAGCGCAGGUCGCCAAGGCAGUGGACCGCAAACUGAAGGUCCAUCCGAAACCACCGCUCUGCCUUUGGGAAAUCGACUUUGGAUUCGAACCAGUGGAGACAAUUGGAGAACGGGUACUGCAGAGUAUGCCGUGGGCUGCGGAGCACCGGCUUGUCAGAUGGAAUGAAGUGGUGAUACCCUCCGAAGACGAUUAUUGA